AUGUUCAAUCAUAUUUGCAUCUCAACACAAUAUCACUUGAACCCCGCAAUCAAACCACCACCAAAAAUGAACCCCUCCGGUCUCGGCUCCUCAGGCAAAGUCCCCCAAAACUCCCACACAGGCGCCAAAGCCACCGGCGGAAAGGUCGGCUCCGUCACCACAGGCGCAACAGCAGGGUUGGGUGAGGACAAGCCCAAGGUUUUUGAUUCCGAGGGCGCAAUUGGGAAGCAGUUUACCGAGGACGGCGUUAUCGGGAGCAUUGGUCAAAACAUUGGUGGACCGCUGCAUAGCGAGGGGAUGAUUGGGAAGCAGUUUACUGAUAAGGGGGCUAUUGGGGGUACCGUGCAGGAUGUUCUUGGGGGGACGAAGAAGAGGUCGAAUUAG